AUGUCUGGUCCAGACGAAACGCGGCGGGUUUCAUCGCAAGCCACAAUCGGUCUGCCUCAAGCAGCGGCACAGUUUCAGAGAGGAAGUAACCACAGCACAACAGCACAGCCAAUGUUAUCUCACCAGGAGAGAGAAUCUAGGACUGAAAUUUUUACAUUUGAUUUGGAGGAGAUUCCAGAAACUGGAAUACUGCCCCCAGCCAGAGCGCACGGGCGCGAUCCAGCCCAAAAUCAAAGGAAAUCAAACGAGAGCCAGGACAGAGUGUCCAGGAAGAGAAACCAGGGGGAUGAGCCGCUUCAGAGCGGUAGUGGGUCAAGCAUCGCAGAUAGUCAUGGCAAACUCGAAGUAUCAAAUUAUGAUACCUUCACUUAUGCCAUCACAAUUCCAGAAGAUACACCUCCCACGCAACCGUCAAAUAUUGACUCUGCAAUAUCCCGGGCCUCGGGCGUGAAACGGGCAUUUCAUGGAAUCCGACAGGGACGUUCAGCACGGAAGAAGACUGCAAAGCAAGACUCCCUGGGACGUACAGUGCUUAAUAGCCCCGGGCGGGAUUCCGCUCUGAUUUAUUGCUGUGGAUUACGCAAUGAGAGGCGCAGCAGAUAUAUAUUGAGGGGUUUGUCAAUAUUUUAA